UGUAUCCUCUUGUUUGCCAUUUCUUGCAGUUCUGUCUUUCUCAGUGUCACUAGGCAAGUACACAGCGUCUUUUUUAGUUGAUUUAUAUGAUACCAUUCAAGAGAAGAAGAAGUCUAGUUAGGCAAAUUGGGAAGGAUGGGGCGUAUAUGAACUGGCUUUGGAGUAAACGACGAAAGUAGGUUCAUGUGAGUAAUUUGAUAAGGACCUGACAAUAAAGGUUAAGUUUUUGUGCUAGAAAGGAAUUAAGUUUUUUUCUUUGUUUUUGAAUGAAGUUUGAGUUUUUAACUACAAAUGGAGUGAUUUUGUUAUUCUGGGUUGGAAUUUGCUAUUGUUUAUUGCGACUAGAUUUUUACAGGAACAAUAAGUUCGAAUUUCCACCGUUUCUUAUAGGAGUUUCAAUUGAAGUUCACAUGUGUGAGCGAUGAGUUUUAGUUCAAAAUACACUAUUGGGAUUGCAAGACUGAAAUAAUUUUUGUUAACUUUAGCUGCAGUUGGGUUGAGAUUUGAUAUAUUCUUUGAGCAUCUGGUUGUGAUGAUUCUCAUCCACUUGGAAAUGGGGUUAUAUGAAAGUUGUAUAAUGAGUAGUUGUGUGAAACCUCUAGUACAAACCAAGAACAAUCCAGUGGUUCUUCUCCAUUGCUUUGACAGUUCUUGUUUAGAAUGGAGGUGCACAUAUCCCCUGCUUGAAGAGGCCGGGUUGGAGGCUUGGGCGAUUGAUGUGCUCGGGUGGGGCUUCUCCGAUUUAGAAAGGCUUCCACCAUGCAAUCCGGAAUCAAAGCGUCAUCACCUCUAUCAGUUUUGGAAGUCCUACAUCAGAAGGCCGAUGAUAUUAGUUGGACCAAGCCUCGGUGCUUCUGUUGCAAUUGACUUUGCAGUUAGUUAUCCGUUUGCUGUUGAAAAGCUGGUUUUGAUUAAUGCAAGUGUGUACGCAGAAGGCACCAAAGGCCUUGCAGAAUUUCCUAGAGUAUUAGCCUACGCUGGGGUUUCCUUGUUGAGGAGCAUCCCUCUACGGCUUUACGCCAAUACGCUGGCCUUCAAUGACAUUUCAUUAGCUACAACCUUUGAUUGGACUAAUGUCGGCCGCUUACACUGUUUGCUGCCUUGGUGGAAAGAUGCAACAGUAAGUUUCAUGAGUAGUGGGGGCUACAAUGUUAUUGCGCAAAUAAAACAGGUAAAGCAGAAAGCACUUGUCAUCUGUAGUGAGAAAGAUCGGAUUAUCGACUACAAGCAAACACUGAGACUACGGUGUGAACUACCCUCUGCAAUCAUGCGGCUAAUACCGGAUGGUGGUCAUCUUCCUCAUGUUGACAAUCCCACCUCUGUUGCAAAGCUAAUUGCAGGGUUUGCUCACAAUGACUGUUGCUGAAUGGGACUGCUGCAGAAUUUCUUGUACCUAUUCCCUGCCUUUAGCGGAGGCCAUUAGUUCUUUGCAAUAGUGUUGAUUGUCUAUUUGUACAUUUGUUUAGAUAUGUAGUAGGUUUGAAGAUAAGUGGAUGUUAUAAUGUUGCAAUGUGAAACCAGCUGAAUAAGCAAUGAAACAGUGACCACUAAUAUAACUAGUACGAUAGUUUACCAACAGAAGAAAAGUGAGGACAAUGAUAUAAUGUAACUAUAAUAGGUAUCUGGGAUGUUGUGUGAUCUUGGGAAAGUUAUAUACCGUACUUAUAUUAUGGUUUAUCGGUA